AUGGAGAAUACUACAAAGGUGACUCAUUUUAUUCUGGUGGGUCUAACCAACUCCGCAGAUCUUCAGAUUCCACUCUUUGUCUUGUUCACCCUCAUUUACCUCAUCACUCUGACUGGAAACCUGGGGAUGAUGGUGUUAAUCAUGUUGGACUCUCGUCUCCACACUCCCAUGUAUUUUUUCCUCAGUAACCUGUCUUUUGUGGACUUGUGUUACUCUACAACCAUCACUCCCAAGGUCAUUGCUGGGUUCCUUAUACAAGACAAAGUCAUCUCCUACAAUGCCUGUGCUGCUCAGUUAUUCUUUUUCGUAGCCUUGGCCACUGUGGAGAAUUUACUCUUAGCCUCUAUGGCUUAUGACCGCUACGCAGCAGUGUGUAAGCCUCUCCAUUACACCACCACCAUGACGACAAGUAUGUCCUUUACUACUGUGGAAAACUUACUCUUGGCCUCAAUGGCCUAUGAUCACUAUGCAGCAGUGUACAGACGCCUGCACUGUGCCACCACCUUGAGGACAAAUGUCUGCACUGUCCUGGCCAUAAAAUAUUUUGUCAGGAAAUGUAUUAAGGAGUGGCAGGCAGUAGUGCCACAGUAG